AUGAUUACCAAGAAAGAUAGGCAAAACACCAUGAUGCAAUUACAGCAAACGUCGGACCCUGCGCCGGAAACCUACCUCGACCGCGCUGCAGCCAAGCGCGCCCACCAACUCGCCCAGAUCCCCGCCGAAUGGCGCCUCGCCUCGAUCCCCUCUGUAUCCUCGGCCCCCUCGGCCCUGGCUUACAUCCGCUCACACGGCCUUCUAACGACCGAGGAGCUACACAUCACAGAGACCUGCGAUGCUGCCGUGCUGCUGCACAAGCUGGCGCGCGGGGAGCUAUCAUCCCUACAAGUCGUGCGGGCCUUUGCCAAGCGCGCUGCCAUCGCCCACCAACUCACGAUAUGUUGCACUGAAAUCCUCUUCGACGAAGCCUUUGCCGAAGCUCAGAGGUUGGAUGAUGUGCUGGCACGCACAGGAAAGACUGUUGGUCCGCUGCACGGACUGCCCGUCAGCAUUAAGGACUGUCUCGACAUCAAGGGCAAGGACUCGACCGUCGGCUGGGUCGGGCUCGUCGACAAGCCGGCCGCCAGGGACUCCAACACAGCGCAAGUGCUGCGAAGACUGGGUGCCGUCUUUUACGUCAAGACCAACGUGCCGCAGUCCAUGAUGAUGUCCGACUCAUACAACCACGUUUGGGGCCAGUGUGUCGGCGCCCUCAACCGGAACCUCAUCUCCGGAGGUAGCAGCGGCGGCGAGUCGUCACUCAUCUCGGCGCGCGGCAGCAUCCUCGGCGUCGGCACGGACAUUGGCGGGUCCAUUAGAAUCCCAGCGGCGCUGACGGGCUUGUACGGACUCUCUCCGACUCUGUCGAGGCACACAUACGAGCGCGGAGGCCCCCGCCAACACAUCGUCCGUCCCGUCGCAGGUCCUCUUGCAAGCACCCUUUCCGGCAUCGAGACUUACAUGAAGGCCUUCCAAGAGGGCGAACCGUGGAAGGUCGACUCCCAGGUCGCACCUAUUCCUUGGCGUUCAGAAUGCUGCGUGAUCCCGUCGACCAAGAGGCUGCGUAUCGGCUACAUCAUUGACGACGGUGUCGUGAAGACGCAGCCGCCAGUAGAGCGCGCCAUGCAGGAGACAAUUGCUGCGCUGAAAGCUGCCGGUCACGAAGUGAUCGAAUGGGAUGCCUCAUCCCACGCACGUGCGUACGACCUUUGGGAGAAAGCCAUUCUCUCAGACGGCGGACUAGCGUGCAAGAAACUAUGCGACAUGUCAGGCGAGCCAUUAAUCGAAGGCAUGCUUGUGGGAAAGCCAGAGAACCUGUUGACGACGGCGCAGACUCAUGAGCUGCUCGCCGACAGGUACGAAUAUGAGACGGAAUACCUGCGCCGCUGGCAAGAAGCCGAGAUGGACGCAUUGAUCAUGCCCGUUGUUCCCUGGGUUGGCUACAAGCCGUGGACGUGGGUCAAAUCGAGCCAGUACGUCGGAUAUACAAGUAUUUGGAACCUCGUGGACUGGGCGGCGCUGGCUCUUCCCGUGACAACAGCCUCAAGAGAAAAAGAUGGCGACGGAACGGCGGGAUGGAAGGCGCAUCAACCAAGGAACAAGGCGGACGAGUUCAACAAGUCGCAGUGUGAGCAUGUCCCACCAAACGCCGACUAUGCGUGA